CGACAGGUUAUCACUUUCUUGUGUAUUACAACAUUAAUUUUGGCUCUAACCACAGCCUAUCCCUCUAAGGAAAAUCUUAAAAUACGAAUACAUAUACCGGUAAAACAUCAUACCCAUGUCCAUCAUAAAACUUUAGUGAAAAAGGUGCCCCUGCCCAUACCAGUACCCAUCAAAGAGCACAAGAAACAUCAUGAUGAAUACAAGCGUAAACAGAGUGAAGAGGAGGAGGAACAGUUAGAAGAUGAGUUUGAAGGUUACGAUUAUCCCAAAAAGAAAAGAAGAACCAGACAUCCUUUUAUAUGAAAGAGCAGACAACAAAAA